AUGCCGUCGGUUUCUGGCCCAGUUGUAUGCGUCACCGGCGCCGGAGGUUUCAUUGCCUCCUGGCUUGUCAAACUCCUCCUGGAGAAAGGCUACACCGUCAGAGGAACCGUUAGAAAUCCAGAUGAUCAAAAGAAUGUUCAUUUGAUGGAGCUUGAAGGAGCAAAGGAGAGGCUCACACUUUGCAAAGCUGAUCUCCUUGAUUUUCAGAGCUUGCGUCAAGCUAUCCACGGCUGCGAUGGCGUUUUCCACACUGCAUCUCCAGUUACCGAUGAUCCUCAAAUGGUGGAGGCGGCCAUGAUGGGAACGAAGAACGUGUUAAUGGCGGCGGCGGAGGUGGGCGGAAUACGUCGAGUGGUGUUCACUUCUUCGAUAGGUGCGGUGUACAUGAAUCCUAACAGAGCGCCAGACAAGGUUGUGGAUGAGACUUGUUGGAGUGACAUUGACUUCUGCAAGACCACCGAGAAUUGGUACUGCUAUGGGAAAACCGUGGCAGAACAAAUAGCAUGGGAAGUGGCAAAGGAGAAAGGAAUAGACCUAGUCGUGCUCAACCCAAUGUUGGUACUCGGACCAUUGCUACAACCCACAGUCAACGCUAGUGUCGUUCACAUUCUCAAGUACAUGACUGGCUCGGUCAAAACUUAUGCUAAUGCAGUCCAAGGCUAUGUCCACGUUAGGGAUGUAGCCCUAGCGCACAUCCUUCUCUACGAGACUCCUUCCGCAUCUGGACGCUAUAUCUGCGCUGAUAGAAUCCUUCAUCGUAGCGAAGUGGUUGAAAUUCUUGCUAAAUUUUUCCCUGAGUAUCCUGUUCCUACCAAGUGCAAAGACGAGAUGAAGCCAAGGGCAAUUCCGUACAAGUUCAAUAACGGAAAGAUUAAGAACAUCGGGCUAGAGUUUACACCAGUGAAACAAUGCUUAUAUGAGACGGUAAAGAGUCUCCAAGAGAAUGGUCACCUUCCGGUUCCAAUUCAAAAUGAGGAUUUGAUUCAAAUUCAAGUCUAA